ACACAGGAGCUCCUGGGAUUCCAGGUACCUCAAGAGGCUCAGUUUCAGUCACCGCAGGCCCCCCAGGCCCUCCAGGUCCCCCUGGCCCAACUGGCCCCACUGGCCCCGCUGGUUCUUUCGCUUCCUCUAGUGAGAUGCGGCAGUACAUCAGUGACUAUCUGAGUAGAUACAGACUUAGUGGUAUGCAAGGUCCUCCAGGCCCACCUGGGCCUCCAGGACUCCCUGGAACCUUCUCAGGGUCAAUGGAGGACAUCUCUGCUCGUGUCGUUGCAUACAUUCAACGAUCUGAUUCAGGCCUGAGAAUUGGUGUUCAGGGCCCUCCAGGACCACCUGGCCCUGCCUCUGGAUCCCUGACGGUCAGUGCUCUCAUCGCCAUGCUUCAGAGAGAAGAUGUGAGAAGAUAUUUGGCUGGACCACCAGGGCCACAAGGGCCCCCGGGACCAGCAGGAGGACUGUCGGGCACUUACAGAAUAGAGGAGAUAGCCACAUACAUCUUUAACAUCAUGAACGAGAGGGGCAUUGCUAGAGGUCCACCAGGGCCACGAGGUCUUCCUGGGCCUCCUGGAGCUCCAGGUGCAGGGUUCACAACUGCUACGAUUGACUACUCUGCCCUGAUCAAAAAUUCAGACUUCCGUUCGUGGAUCACUUCUGCUGUACAACAAGGUCCUCCUGGUUCUCCAGGUGUUCCAGGGCUACCUGGCCCUCCUGGUCCUCAGGGGCCUCCAGGAUUCUCCACUGCCACUGUGUUUGGGUCAGGAGGUCGUGGCUACAGCCUGGAGGAUAUUCAGCGUUACCUGCAGGCUUCAGGAUACAGAGGUCAACCGGGCCUUCCUGGUCCUCCGGGUCCUCCUGGUCCACAGGGUCCACCAGGCACCGUCACUGGUUCAGUUUCCUACAGUGGGAACUUCCCUCGAGAGAGCAUUCAUACCGAAAUUCAGCAGUAUCUGACUAGUGACAGCGUUCGACGGUCUAUUAUCGGCCCUCCGGGACCUCCAGGUCCAAUGGGUCAGAAGGGGGAACGUGGAGAGCCUGGUUACUCCCAGAGCUACAUACAGAGCCAAAGUUACACACAUGGCGGCUCCCAAUACAGCGCUCAGCGCAGAGAGACUGAUGUCAGUAAGCACACAGAGACCAUGGACUACUCCAACGUUGCCAUGAAAGUCACAGACUACAUCAAGAAUCAAGGUCUGCUGCAGCAGUAUCUUUCAGAGGGACCAUGGAGGACAAGUGUCAGAGCAAUUCAAGGCCCCCCUGGUCCACCCGGCCCUCCCGGACCACCUGGUUACAGUCGCGUGAUCGGAACCUAUGGAAAUAUCACAGCUGACCUUAUGGACUUCUUCAGGACUUACGGCACCAUCCCCGGACCUCCAGGAAAUCCAGGACCAAAAGGAGACAGAGGGUACCCAGGGCCUAAAGGAGACAAGGGGGAUCCUGGACCUCCAGGUUUACCUGGAAUACCAGGAUCGUACACGGUCCAGAUUCCACACAGAGUGCAGAAGAGAGAAGCAGAUAAUAAAGUGGGUCGUCAUAAGCGGCAUCGUCGCCAAGCCACCGGUGGAUGAAGGGYGUACUACUGGAUCUGGUCAUUUUAUUUCAGCUUUACUCAUUUUGACUGUUGUUAAACCGUACCAAACAGAUCAGAUGUGCUCUAUCUUUUCUGCAUUUUUAAACAAGAAACACUAGUUUAACAUAAAAAUGCAUUUAUUCUAGAGGUAUUGGCUUGUGUUUCAGUGACAGACUUCCAACUGUUUCACAUAUGGGUGUAUAAUGUUUACUUUGCUUAGUUAGAAGCUUGCGUUCACUUUAUCAGGGGCAGCUUUAUUGGACAGAAUAUACAGCAUCAACCAAUAAGUAGCAGUUGCUUUUGGAUUUUAAUUGCAUCUUUUUUAACCAUUUGUUAUUGUUUUUUAUAUUUGCUGAGAUUUGAGAGUUAGACUGUAAUUUAGGACUAUAUGACUUAAGUAUCCAUCAUGCAUUCAUCCCAUAGGACAAAAUAGUUUACUUAAAAAAAACAUAUUUGAACUUGACUCAGUCUCAGUCAGAGUGAAGGUCAUUUUAGAAGGUUCAUUUUAAGGUUUACUUGAAAGGUUGUUGGUAAAGACUGGUUACGUGUGUAUGAUAGAGACAAUGACUCAGAUGAUCAGUGAGACGUGGCUGAUUCAAUUGUAUAUUUUUGUUAAAGAGCACUGAAUUUGAUAUGUUUGUUUACCUUUUUGAGUUUAGGAGUGAUUAAAUUAUAAACGCGAGCUUUUGAUCAAUAUAUUUGAAAGACAAAAAUAAAUUUAUUUUUGGACUUGUGA